GAAGGUGUCAAGUAGUAAAAGUCUAUUUACACAAAUACUAAACUGUCUAAUAAUCACUUCCGCCAGCAUAGUACAUGUCUGGCAACGCAAAAUGUGUUAAACCAGAUCAAGCAAGUCCUCUUUAGUGGCACGAGUGUGAGUGGGAUUCGUUGCCUCACUAUCUAAAAUAAUACUUUGUGAUACUACAUUUUAAAAUGAGGAACAGAGUGCUUAUUUUGUGCUUGUUAGUGUUGUCCUGUAUUUUCCUGAUAUCAGAUGGGAUUAUACACGAAUAUAAGAACAAACUAUUCCAUUUUCCUUAUGGAUCGCCAUUCAUGGGUAUUCUCACAGCUUUUGCCAUACCAUUAAAAGUCAACACUCCAGGUGAUGUAUUUUUGGCAGUGAAUUUUGAGGCCUCCUACAGUCUUCCAGAAAAUGAAACCACCCUGUAUUGGCCCCCAAUAGUGGGGGACACUGCCAGACAAAUUUUAUAUGAAAUAUUUGAAAGGAAACUCGAAAGCCAUGGGCAUCCUGGUAGAGAUUGCUUGUUGAGAGCAAUCUGCGAGAGUGCUGAAUUUUCUACGAAAAAUACUGGAGUUCUUGGAGAUAUAGUGCAUAUAGUUUUAACACCUUCAUCAUCAUCAAAUACAAAUCUUACUACACAUUAUGCAGAAGCUGAAAAUCAAGCUAGAAAAAAGGGCAGAUGCAAGAAAUACAAGAAGAGCUGCAGCUUUAGUAUUUUAAACAUGUUCAGUUGGAUUGGAAGUAUAUUCGAUGACCUUGGACGUUUAGCUAAAAUGGAACCGUCAAUUAAAACUAUUUAGUUAUGACAUAUGCAUGUUCAAUUGUUCGCUGAUUGAAUAAAGAAACAAAUUUCCACUA